GGCGUGGCCUGGAUGCGCGGGCGCCUGGGGCUGCACGUCCUCAGACCAAACUACAACUCCCAGGACCCAGCGGGCGCUGCCGCCCACGCGACGUCACGGCGGCGGAGGCCGCAGGCGGCUGGGCUCCCGGCGAGUGGACUGUUCGAGCCCUUCCACUGGGACCCGGGCCCUGGCUCCGGCCCCGCGAUGGGAGCUGCUCUCCGCGGGCUGAGCCUGUCAGCAUCCUCGACGCACCCUGGUCCCUGAAGUCGGAGAAGAGCCUCUACCCACCCACACCCCCUUGCCCCAUUUUGAGUCGCCUGGGUCCUCAGCCCUAGCGGAUCCUCAGCCCUAGCAGCCACCGGGUCUGAAAGGAGCAGGACGAUGAUCCUGGCGUCGGUGCUGGGGAGCGGUCCCCGGGGCGGGCUUCCGCUCCGGCCACUCCUAGGGCCCGCACUCGCACUCCGGGCCCGCUCGACGUCAGCCACCGACACACACCACGUGGAGAUGGCUCGGGAGCGCUCCAAGACCGUCACCUCCUUUUACAACCAGUCGGCCAUCGACGCGGCAGCGGAGAAGCCCUCAGUCCGCCUCACGCCCACCAUGAUGCUCUACGCUGGCCGCUCUCAGGACGGCAGCCACCUUCUGAAAAGUGCUCGGUACCUGCAGCAAGAACUUCCAGUGAGGAUUGCUCACCGCAUCAAGGGCUUCCGCUGCCUUCCUUUCAUCAUUGGCUGCAACCCCACCAUACUGCACGUGCAUGAGCUAUACAUCCGUGCCUUCCAGAAGCUGACAGACUUCCCUCCGAUCAAGGACCAGGCGGACGAGGCCCAGUACUGCCAGCUAGUGCGACAGCUGCUGGAUGACCACAAGGAUGUGGUGACCCUCUUGGCAGAGGGCCUGCGUGAGAGCCGGAAGCACAUAGAGGAUGAAAAGCUCGUCCGCUACUUCUUGGACAAGACGCUGACUUCGAGGCUUGGAAUCCGCAUGUUGGCCACGCAUCACCUGGCGCUGCAUGAGGACAAGCCUGACUUUGUCGGCAUCAUCUGUACUCGUCUCUCACCAAAGAAGAUUAUUGAGAAGUGGGUGGACUUUGCCAGACGCCUGUGUGAGCACAAGUAUGGCAAUGCGCCCCGUGUCCGCAUCAAUGGCCAUGUGGCUGCCCGGUUCCCCUUCAUCCCUAUGCCACUGGACUACAUCCUGCCGGAGCUGCUCAAGAAUGCCAUGAGAGCCACAAUGGAGAGUCACCUAGACACUCCCUACAAUGUCCCAGAUGUGGUCAUCACCAUCGCCAACAAUGAUGUUGAUCUGAUCAUCAGGAUCUCAGACCGUGGUGGAGGAAUCGCUCACAAAGAUCUGGACCGGGUCAUGGACUACCAUUUCACUACCGCCGAGGCCAGCACACAGGACCCCCGGAUCAGCCCCCUCUUUGGCCACCUGGACAUGCACAGUGGCGCCCAGUCAGGACCCAUGCACGGCUUUGGCUUCGGGUUGCCCACGUCACGGGCCUACGCGGAGUACCUCGGUGGGUCUCUGCAGCUGCAGUCCCUGCAGGGCAUUGGCACGGACGUCUACCUGCGGCUCCGCCACAUCGAUGGCCGGGAGGAAAGCUUCCGGAUCUGACCCCACAGCCUUUGGCCUGCUCGCCCGACCAGCCUGGGCCACAUUCCCUGCAGGACCUCCCGGGUCAGGCAGGGUGGCCCCCUGCUCCACACACUGCUGCAUCUUGUGUCUCAGGGCCCCAGACAGAUGGACUUACAUGGAGCUGGGCACCGCCCCGCCUCAACAGGGUCCACUGCCUCCUCACCUCCAGACCUUGGAGGGGGGACGUGGGCACCCUGAGGCCUCCAGCACCAGCUCCGUCAUUCUCGUUCCUGGGGAACCCCCACUCUGACCUGUUGUUUGUUAUUAAAGUUCACAUUUUGAAUGCCC